AAUGCAUUUAUUUAAUUUUUGUGUGAAAAUGUGUGUAGUAGAACUGUGUCAUGAAUUCAUUGUACGAGUGGGAAGAAAAUCAGUAGAAAAGCGACGAAUGACAUGGUCAUCACAAUAGGCUUAUUUUAUAUUAACAUUUUACACCUUGACCUUGCCGGCUUAUUCAGCAGUUCCUUUGGCUUAUUCAUGCCAUUUUGGAAUGAGAGAAGCAAUUUCAGAAAGUUUUGCUACAACUCAAGUGAAAUGGCUGUCACCAUGUCUACUCGCUUUAAUCGGGUUUGGAUAUUGCCUAUAGUCAUCUCCCUUGCCACCCUUUGGCUGUAUGUUUUGGUCAGCAGUGCUCCACCACUCACUACAGAUGCAGAUGGAAAGGUGGUGACCACCCACCUGCGCUUCCCAAGCAACUUUGUUCAGCUGAAGGCGCUGGCGGUGCUUCUGCGCCACUACCAAGAGGACCACUGGCUCUUCACGCUGGUACUCUUCUGCAGCGCCUACAUCUACAAGCAGUCCUUCUCCAUCCCAGGCAGCAUGUUCCUGAACGUGCUGGGCGGUGCGCUCUACGGCGCACUCGAGGGCUGGAUGCUGUGCUGUGCGCUGACGACUCUCGGCGCCUGUAACUGCUACCUGCUGGCCAAGUACUGCUGCAGGCACCUGCUGCUCAGAUACUUCAAACGGCGCAUCGUCGAGCUCACAGACACGGUGCACCGUAACCGCCACCAGCUGCUCUACUUCCUGCUGUUUAUCCGGAUAUUUCCGAUGACGCCCAACUGGUUCGUCAACAUGGCCUCUCCGAUCGUGGGCGUGCCGCUGCACAUGUUCUGCUUCUCCGUAUUUGUCGGCCUGAUGCCGUACAACUUCAUCUGCGUGGAGGCCGGUAACGUGUUGGGCACCCUGUCCUCCCUGGACGACCUGUUCUCCAAGGCCACGCUGCUGAAGCUGCUCUUCCUGGCCUUCAUCAUGCUGCUCCCGUCGCUGUACAAACGCAGUCGGCGGCAGCGGCACGGCUUCGCCAACCUGGACCUCUCCAGCUCGUACAUAUUGUAGCGGCGACGGUGCCUGGUGUGAGUGAACGCUACUGAGCUCUGACUGGAGUUACUUGUGCAACUGCCGGCAGCUGAGGGAGCGGACCGCGAGCAUCGGUGGCAUUUUGGGCGGCUGUUUUUGUUUGUGGUUAUGCUGGGCUGUGCCUGUGCUGCAGAAUGGACAUGUUUUGUGUGUAACUGCAUCAUGUAGCGACAUACUGGAUGAUAUUACGACUUCCCAUUCCUUCUAACUUCGUUAGAACUUUUACACGGCUUGCCUAAUGUGCCUGAGUUCAGGUUUACUGUUACACACGCAACUGCCAGUAUGAAAAUUGACAAUUGACAUGCUAGCCGCUGCAGCUGCUGUCGAGUGGAGCUAUCCUGCCAUUUCACCAGCGUGAUGCUUGGUUUACUGACCCGUGCGGUCAUCCCACCGCUUCUGGCACAUUAGCCGCACUGUGUGUGAGUCUGCCAGCCAUGAUCCGCUGCGAGAUCGGAUGUGGCCGCUGCGUAUGUGGCCGGAUGUCCAUACUCCGCACUCACAUCCCGCGGAGCUGCAGUGGGCCUCUGUGACUACGCACCAAGCUGGUCCACCUCUCGAGUCUCCCAUUCGGUCAACCUAAGUGUGAGCUUUUACCUCAGUCGGCGUUAUAUGGUCGCCUUUUGUGGAUAACAUGUUGGAUUUAUGAUCGUUAGUGUAUGGGGGCUAGGGGCCUGUUCGUUUUGUUGUCUCGGCAUUCGAUCACUCAACGGCAGCGUAAGAAGCGUGGGAGAUGAAGCGAGCUAUGUUCCACCGAUAACAUGUUGUGUAGGCUGCACAAUGCACAGAUUUAACACACUGGAGACCCAACAAGUGUCUAGUGCGAUGCGAUUCAGUCAGUUUCAUGCUAGUGCAUUCGCGUGAUUGUGUAUGCAACGUUGCUGAGUUGAACUACUGUGAAUUAGUUUAUCGUGGAUUUGUGAUCGAUUUGUCAGUCACUUUGAUCGAACGUUUAUAGUCAUGCCACGUUCGAACGUCACGUUUGCCUUGCUUCCCUGGGUGCGCUCAGGCGCCGUCGUGUCACCGCGAUAAGUUCAGGUUGUGAAGUGUAACUUUGAUUAUAUGUUUGAACCAAUGAUCACAAUCCAUUGUUCCGGGGCGGGUCCGCUGCUGAGCACUGCACACCGCUGCAUUGUGAUAGCUGUGCACCCGGUGCACAUUUACUUUGUGCAAUUUAUGACCAAAUUUUGGAGAUGAGCAAUGAGCAUUGAGCAUGGUAUUGAUAGACUUAUGUUUCGGGCAGGAUUUUGACCAAUGAUGUUGCGUCUCUUUCAUGACAAAUAAACUGUGUCCCAUCGUUA